AUGUACUCCCGUGCUUCGGUAGAGAGAGGGAACUCGCGCGAGAUCAGUUCCGCGCAGCCGAAGUAUAAGCCGCUCCAACAGCGCUCUUCCUCGAUCUUUGCGCAGGACAUCGAUGCCGAUGACCUGGCGCUCUUCGAAAAGUUUCGCAUCGAGGAGCAGUCCGACGACGAGGAGAAGGCGACCUUGGCCCUCUCGAGCCUCAAAGAUGCCUUCCGCCACGACGAGUGGGCGAUCUCCAACAACAUCAUCGACUUCUCCGUGUACGACACGGAUCGAAGCGGAACCAUCGAUUUCCGAGAAUUUCAGAACAUCGUCGCCGAAAUUCGCUGGUCACAGGCGGAGAAGUGGGAAGAGAAGACUCAAGAGCUAUUGCUGCAGUUCGAGCGUACCGUCUCAACCGCAGAGUAUGGAAAGGAGUCCGACCAGAAAAAGGUCGAUGAAGCUUUCCAGAAGCUCCGGAAGCAGUGGGACAGCAUUUCCGUCGAUACCCUUCACAACAACCUCAAGGCAAUCCGCAGCUUCGGAUGCAGUGGCAGUGAGCUGAAGAAGUACUUGUCCUGCCUGGUCGCCAAAGUGCCCUUCCGAAAUGCCCGGAAG